AGAUUUGAAUCGCGCGGGCUAUUAGGAUGCAGUAUGCGAGGGGAGACGUAGAAAAGAAGCGUUCAAUGGCUCUCAACUAGGCUCUUGGGAGUCGUAGUUUUCUCUUUGGCUAACCUCCGUAUCUUCAAGGCUGUCAAAGAACGAAUUAAUUAGGUCAGCGCAUUUUACAAAUGGCGAACUCCAUUUCCCACAAUGCCUUGCAAACCAACACGCUUCAGUUACUUCCGAUGACUACAGAGCUAGAGACUGGCUAGUCUUUAUCACGCUCCUCCCACCUUUUCAUUGACAGAAGUACUACUCGCCCUCGGGUGCUACGCAUUGUGGGUAGUAACCCGUUCUUCGCCCACAGGCAGUCUCUGUGGUGAAGGUGGCGUGAGAGAGACGGUGUGGGUCUAUGGUGGGGCUUGUCUCCUCCGGAAUUCCCCGCUCCCUGGGCCUUGGGAGCGCCAAGGGGAUGGGGGUAGGGCUUUGGCGGCGUCUGCUGCUCUCCCUCUCGCUGUUAUUUGUACUGCCGCCUGGAGCCCCGGGCUUUACAUCUUCUCUAGAUAGCGACUUCACUUUCACUCUGCCGGCCGGCCGCAAGGAAUGCUUUUACCAGCCCAUGCAUAACGAGGCCUCCCUGGAGAUCGAAUACCAGGUUUUAGAUGGAGCAGGAUUGGAUGUUGAUUUUUACCUGAUAUCACCAAAAGGCGAAACUCUUGUUUUUGAACAGAGGAAAUCAGAUGGAGUUCACACAGUGGAGACAGUUGACGGUGACUACAUGUUCUGCUUUGACAACACAUUCAGCACCAUUUCAGAGAAGGUGAUUUUCUUUGAACUGAUUUUAGAUAAUGCAGCAGAAGAUGAUGAUCAAGAAGACUGGAAAAAGUAUAUUACCGGCACAGAUCUUCUGGAUAUGAAACUAGAAGAUAUUUUGGAAUCUGUCAACAGUGUCAAGUCUAGGCUAAGCAAAAGCAUCCAGAUCCAGACCCUACUGAAAGCAUUUGAAGCUCGUGAUAGAAACAUACAAGAAAGCAACUUCGAUAGGGUAAACUUCUGGUCCAUGGUCAACCUGGCAAUAAUGGUUAUAGUGUCUGCUGUUCAGGUUUACAUGCUGAAAAGUCUCUUUGAAGAUAAAAGGAAAACUAGAACUUAACAGCCUUGUGUGAUAACAGCAAUAAACAAGGGAAAUGCAGUACACUGCUGCAGAAAAGGAGAUGAGUGUUACUUUCCAGCUUGUUUUGAACAGCCAUUUCUUGUUUCACAGAUGACUCUUCAACAUGGACAAAAUGCCUUUCAUUUCUCUAUCAACAUAAUUGCAAUAGGUCAGUUUUUAGAUUUGUUGCAUAAGUUAAUAAUUGUCAGAAUCUCCUGUGCCAUCUGCAUUGCACAAAAUAAAGAUUUUUUUAGUAUUUGCUA